GUCACGCCCCCUAACCUCUUCGCCAGCACACACAACACCCCACACGCGACCGCCAGCAGCUCGCGAGCUAGCUGCGCGCCCCUCUCGGUGCCAUGGAGUCUAUAUCUCGGAUAUCGAAUCUGCUCGAAAGCGCUCGAGAGCUUACCCUCGACGCCGCCCAAGCGGCCCGAAGCUCUCGCAGCACUACGCGAUCCUUGCCUACCGCCCAACUUAAGAAGCUCCUGGAUAGCCGCAACGACCGCGACGUUCUCGACGGGCUUCGUCGUAUCAUCUCUUUGAUGUACCGCCAGCAGAAAACCCUACCCUUCUUCUCCUCUAUUGUCAAGAACGUCGCAUCGCCGAACCUCGAGAUCAAGAAGCUCGUAUAUAUAUAUCUGAUACAUCAUGCCGAGCAGGAGCCUGACAUGGCCUUGUUAUCCAUCAAUACGAUCCAGAAAUCUUUGUCCGAUGCGAACCCCCAAGUUCGGGCCCUUGCUCUGCGCACCAUGUCCGGCAUCCGGGUGCCCGUGAUCAGCCAGAUCGUCUCGCUGGCUAUCAAGAAGGGCGUUGCCGACAUGUCUCCUCACGUGCGCAAGGCUGCCGCACUCGCCAUACCGAAAUGCUACCGCCUAGAACCGAGCACGCUGCCACAAUUGAUAGAAUACCUAACGACGCUUCUGGGCGAUAAUCAGUACUUUGUGGCAGGGGCGGCGGUUAGUGCCUUCAUGGAAAUAUGCCCCGAGAGGAUCGACCUCAUCCACAAGCACUACCGGGGCCUUGUUAAAAAGGUGGUGGACAUGGACGAAUGGAGCCAGCUUGCAAUGCUAAGGAUGAUGACUCUUUAUGCGCGAAAAAGCUUCCCCCGACGAACGAAGAGCGGUAAAUCAAAGCAUAGCCCGACUGGCCUCCAAGACUCCUAUGGAGAGGGCCCGUCGGAAUCGGCUUCGGACGAGGAGCAGAUCACUGUCCUUGACCCGGAUCUCAUCCUCCUGCUCAACGGCAUAAAACCGCUUCUCCAGAGCAGGAACUCGGGAGUCGUAGUGGCCGUGGCGCGCUGCUACGCGGAUAUCGGCACUCCAGAGUAUACGAAAGCUGCGGUAGGGCCGUUGAUGGCGCUCCUAAGAGGGGCGCAGGACAUCCAGCAGGUUGCGCUCUACAAUAUAGUAUCUGUUUGUCUCGUACACCCGGCGUCAUUCGUCAAAUACGCCUCCCACUUCCUCGUACGCGCGACCGACCCGGCGCCAGUGUGGGAAUUAAAGCUCGAGGUGCUCACAUUAAUAUUUCCCUACAGCCCCUUGCAUACGAAGAGCCUUAUCCUUAACGAACUCGAGCACUUCUCUCGCGGAACGAACAAAUCGCUUGUUCGCGAAGCAGUACGGGCCAUCGGUCGCUGCGCACAGGCGGAUCCGACCACGGCACCCCGAUGUAUGCGAUUGCUACUGGGGCAAAUAACAAGUCUCGAUGGUACCCUCGCGGCCGAGUCCCUAACGGUCAUUCGCCAUCUCAUCCAACAGGACCCUCAAGCCCAUGUGGGAACCGUGGUACGCCUAGCAAAAAAUCUCGAUUCUGCGACCGAUCCGCAGGCCCGCGCAACCAUAGUUUGGCUUGUGGGCGAAUUUUCAGGUCUCAACGGCGAAGACAAUAUAGCAGCCGAUGUGCUCCGCAUACUGCUCAAGGGAUUCGUGGACGAGUCGGAGAUUGUCAAGCGGCAAAUUGUCCUCCUUGCCUCCAAAGUCUAUUUACAUCACGUUAAUAGGACGACCGAAGCACAAAAGGAAAAGGAAGAGGAAAACCAAGAUCAGCCCCCUCCCGGUCCGGAGGAACACCCUGUAGCUCGAUUAUGGAACUACGCUCUGCUCCUCGUCCGCUACGACACGUCUUACGAUUUACGAGAUCGCAUGCGCUUAUACAAGGCCCUUCUCAGCGUCCCGCAGCUGGCCACUCUUAUGCUUCUCGCACCCAAACCCGCGCCCCAAACGCCCAGUCCGUCGGAAAUGAGAAAGGGGUUUAUGCUAGGGUCAUCUACAUUGGUUCUUGCCGGUGGGGGAGGCGUGCAUGGCCUCCGCGGAUACGAAUCCCUGCCGGACUGGGUUGAAGAGGGCAGACAACCGAACCCCAAACUCCGGGGUCCAGAUGGGGUCGGAAGCGAGUUCGACGGAGCGAAGACGGCAAUACCGGCAGCACGGGCACUGGCCGGCGGCGCCGCGGGGGGCGCACAAGGCAGGAGCAACGGGCUCUCGACGUCAGCAGGGACAGGCGCCAAAACGCUAGACGACUGGCUCGCCGAGGACGAGGAGGAAGAAGAAGAGGAGGAGGAUGAGGAGGAGGAGGAGGAGGCAGUGAGUGCUGAAGAGGAGGCAGAAGAUGGAGAAGAAGAAGAGAGCGGAGAAGAGGAAGAGGAGGAGUCGAGCGAGUAUGAGACAGAUGAUGCCAACGCUGAAUUAGAAGGGUUCCUGAACGGCUAGGGUCUGAGGUCCUUUCCACCGUAGCAUUUCUGCAUACUGCAUUAGACUAGGGUGCGUGGAGACGGGCAGACGUAUACGCGCACGCAUAGGAACAAAAAAAGUUUCUACAUACACGAUCUUACAUGAAGGGAGGACUAGUUAGGGCGUCCGCGACCCGUUGCUUUUAAUACUAUAGAAAUGCCGCCGCGGCCCAUAUCCAUCCAAGCAACGCAACCUACCGAUGCAGGCGCUGGGUGUUUAGAAGCGA